CCCGACCUGAAUGAAGACGAGCUAGUCAGUCCUCCGCUACUGCUAACUAAACUGCGGAACUACGGCAGCUGCACUGACCGUUGCUCGAUAUUUGCAGCCUGAAGUUGAGGCACAGCGUUAACACGAAGGUCCGCCUUAUCGAUCACUUCUUAAAGGAGCUCGUGGACUACAGCUAAGAGAGCUAACGAGCACAGUCACAAGUUGCCUGUUAAGUUGAUGUUAGCUAGUUGCGUCGUUUGACAGCUAACGCUAACUAGCUAGUCUCAUUGGUAUUCGACGUCAGUUUCAAAACAAAGCCCGCAAAAACGGAGAAGUUGAGACUCAGCUGUCACCUCCGAAAUAGCUUGCUACAAAACAAGCUAGCCAAGGUUUCAGUCUGUCAGCCAACCGAAGAUAAAUUACGCCUUUCAUCCGAUGUUUGCUACACUCCGGUAAUGCCUAAUUAACGGCAUUUCUCUGGCGUUAAAGCUAAGUAAAAGAAGCUGUCAGCGGGUUUGGCUGUGACGCGUUUGAACUCAUAACUAACUUAACCCUGCAGCCAGCGUAGAGAUAAGUUUCCUCUGUGGAUAAAAUCAGGUUUAAAUUUUCUUUGACGCUUGGAUUUAAAUGUCCGAAAAGAGUUCAUCGUCCGGAUCGGAUGAGGAUGUGGACCCGGAAUCCGGACAGCCCGUGGAGCUCGGAGGUGUUUUAAGCAAAUGGACAAACUACAUACACGGAUGGCAGGACCGAUGGGUCGUGUUGAAAAACAACACCUUGAGCUACUACAAGUCGGAGGAUGAACGGGAAUACGGCUGCAGGGGGUCUCUGUGCCUCAGCAAGGCUGUCAUCACACCUCACGAGUUUGACGAGUGUCGUUUUGACAUCAGCGUGAACGACAGUGUUUGGUACCUCAGAGCUGAAGAUCCUGAACACAGACUCCAGUGGAUUGAGUCGAUAGAGUUGCACAAGGCUGAGUCUGGUUAUGGUUCAGAAACCAGUCUCAGGCGUCAUGGUUCCAUGUUGUCUCUCACCUCAGCAGCCAGUGCCUUGUCCGCCACAUCCACAUCCUCCUUCAAGAAGGGGCACAGGUUGCGUGAGAAGCUUGCAGAAAUGGAAACUUUCCGGGACAUUCUGUGCAGACAAGUGGACACCCUACAGAAAUACUUUGACUCCUGUGCUGACGUUGUCUCUAAAGAUGAAUUUCAGAGAGACAGAGUAGUAGAGGAAGACGAAGAUGACUUUCCUACCACUACAAGACCAGAUGGUGAAUGUAAUCACAACAACAAUGGCAGCAAAGAGAAAUUGUUCCCCCCUGCCAGUCCCAAAGGUAUGAAUGGAAUAGACUUCAAAGGUGAGGCCAUCACCUUCAAGGCCACCACAGCAGGAAUCCUCUCAACCUUGUCCCACUGCAUCGAGCUGAUGGUGAAACGAGAGGACAGCUGGCAAAAAAGGCUGGACAAGGAGCUGGAGAAGAGGAGGAGGGUAGAAGAUGCCUACAAGUCUGCUGUGAAUGAACUGAAGAAAAAGUCACACUAUGGAGGCCCAGACUAUGAGGAGGGGCCCAACAGUCUGAUCAAUGAGGACGAGUUCUUCGAUGCGGUGGAAGCUGCACUGGACAGACAGGACAAGAUAGAGGAGCAGUGCCAGUCAGAGAAGGUCAGGAUACCUCGACUAACUCCAGUUCCUCCAGGGGACGUCUACUCCACCAUCGGUACACACCGAUUUGCCACCAAGGUGGAGGAGAUGGUGCAGAAUCAUAUGACUUACUCCCUUCAGGAUGUGGGUGGAGAUGCCAACUGGCAGCUUGUAAUAGAAGAAGGAGAGAUGAAGGUGUACCGGAGAGAAGUAGAGGAGAACGGUAUUGUGCUGGAUCCCCUCAAAGCUACACAUUCUGUGAAGGGGGUGACAGGACACGAGGUCUGCCACUACUUCUGGGACACAGCUGUCCGAAUGGACUGGGAGACCACCAUUGAAAAUUUCAACGUUGUGGAAACGCUCUCUGAUAAUGCCGUCAUUGUGUACCAGACGCACAAGAGGGUGUGGCCUGCUUCUCAGAGAGACGUGCUCUAUCUGUCGGCCAUCAGGAAGAUCUUGGCAACAAACGAAAAUGAUCCCGACACAUGGCUGGUCUGCAACUUCUCUGUGGACCACGACAAUGCUCUUCCCACAAACAGGUGUGUUCGUGCCAAAAUCAAUGUCGCUAUGAUCUGUCAAACACUGGUCAGCCCACCAGAGGGAGAUAAAGAGAUCAGCAGAGACAACAUCCUUUGUAAGAUCACCUAUGUUGCCAAUGUAAACCCAGGAGGCUGGGCUCCAGCGUCAGUCCUCAGAGCCGUGGCCAAGAGAGAGUAUCCCAAGUUCCUCAAACGCUUCACCUCCUACGUUCAGGAGAAAACUGCUGGAAAACCAAUCCUCUUCUGAACACAUUGAGGUAACCAGGAGCACAUCUUUUUUUGUUA